GCAGUGGCCGCCGCCAUGUCGGGCGGGUCGCGUGCGUGUGUCACUCUCACUGCAAUCCUCGCUCUCCUUUACUCAGGAUGGUGUUCAGAAGACGAGGAGAGACUGGUGCGCGACUUGUUUCGCGGCUACAACAAGCUAAUCCGCCCGGUACAGAACAUGACGCAGAAGGUCGACGUGCGCUUUGGCCUCGCCUUCGUGCAACUCAUCAAUGUUAAUGAGAAAAAUCAGAUCAUGAAAUCUAACGUAUGGCUGCGGUUAGUCUGGAUGGACUACCAGCUGAUGUGGGACGAGGCCGACUACGGCGGCAUUGGCGUGCUGCGGCUCCCGCCUGACAAGGUCUGGAAGCCAGACAUUGUCCUCUUCAACAACGCCGAUGGGAAUUACGAAGUACGAUACAAGUCUAACGUCUUGAUCUACCCUAAUGGAGAAGUACUUUGGGUACCUCCGGCUAUUUAUCAGAGUUCAUGCACUAUUGACGUAACGUAUUUCCCGUUCGAUCAACAAACGUGCAUUAUGAAAUUUGGCUCUUGGACUUUCAACGGCGACCAAGUAUCGCUCGCAUUAUAUAAUAACAAGAACUUCGUUGACCUCUCGGACUAUUGGAAAUCCGGGACCUGGGAUAUAAUUGAAGUACCCGCCUAUUUGAAUAUUUAUGAAGGCAACCAUCCCACGGAAACUGACAUCACGUUUUACAUAAUAAUUAGAAGGAAAACACUCUUCUAUACGGUCAACUUGAUUUUGCCUACAGUUCUCAUCUCAUUUCUUUGCGUGCUCGUCUUCUAUCUACCCGCCGAAGCUGGUGAAAAGGUGACACUGGGUAUCAGUAUCUUGCUGUCACUGGUUGUGUUUCUGCUACUGGUAUCGAAGAUCCUGCCUCCCACAUCGCUCGUGCUACCGCUGAUCGCUAAAUACCUCCUCUUUACCUUCAUUAUGAACACCGUCAGUAUUCUGGUGACAGUCAUCAUCAUCAACUGGAAUUUCAGGGGGCCUAGAACACACAGAAUGCCUCUCUGGAUUCGAAGUGUGUUCCUGCACUAUUUGCCGGCAGCGCUGCUGAUGCGCCGUCCUCGCAAGACCCGCCUACGCUGGAUGAUGGAGAUGCCUGGGAUGGGAGCCCCACCCCAUGCCGCAGCUCCUCAUGAUCUUCCUAAACAUAUUAGCGCCAUUGGAGCCAAACAGAGUAAAAUGGAAGCUAUGGAGUUAUCCGAUCUUCAUCACCCGAACUGCAAAAUUAAUCGUGCGGCAGGUGGUGGCGAAGUGGGAGCCCUAGGAGGCCUGGGUGCACUGGGUGGUCUGGGUCUCGGUGGCGAAAGGCGAGAGUCGGAGAGCUCAGAUUCUUUACUCCUGUCUCCUGAAGCAGCAAAAGCUACAGAAGCCGUCGAAUUCAUUGCUGAACAUUUGCGAAAUGAAGAUCUUUACAUACAGACUCGAGAAGAUUGGAAAUACGUAGCAAUGGUGAUUGAUAGACUGCAACUUUACAUCUUCUUCAUCGUCACCACUGCGGGCACUGUUGGUAUUCUAAUGGACGCUCCUCAUAUAUUCGAAUACGUCGAUCAGGACAGAAUUAUUGAAAUUUACCGUGGAAAAUAA